AUGGUGGUUGAAGAAAGAUCAAGAACAACAAGAAAAACAAAAGAGAGCCAGCCGAACCUCCCAUCGCCCACACCGCUAAUAAAGAAGAUUGCCUCGUUGCAGCGGAAACCGGAUAAGGAUAAGGCGCUAGAAAUGCUUCAUCGUGUUGCGGUGUCGAUCGCCCCGAUUAUGAGGGAAAACAACUUGAAAGUCGGUCUACUAUGCGAGAUGUUCCCCAAGAAACAAGAGCUAUUGGGACUUAAUGUCAACCGAGGCCAAAAAGUGUUGAUCCGUCUUCGAGAUCAUUGGAACGACCGCAAGUUCUUACUGUUUGGGGAUAUCCUAGGAACCGCAUUGCAUGAACUAGUCCAUAACACUCAUGGUCCACAUAAUAAGGCGUUUUAUGAUAAACUCGAGCAAUUCAAGCAGCGAUACCAUCAGAUAAGCAUGAAAUCAGCGUAUGAAACCACGGGGUACUUCGCCGAGGCGGAAAAGUUGGGAGGCCGAGCAACUCGUAAUGAGAACCAGUCACGAAUAAAUAGAUUGAAGCCCACGAAGAGCUAUAAGUCGGAAGUAAGAAAGCUUGGGACUAAUGACAAUAAUAAUGAUAAAGAUAAGCGUAGUGCUGCCGGUCCUAAGAAGUCGCUAAGAGAACUUGUGGCGGAGGCAGCGCAGAGAAGGUUACAGGAUAAUAUGUGGUGCGCGGAAGAGGCAGCCCAUAAAGAAGAAUAUGAGCCUGAAGAUAGUGAAUUGGAAAUCGAAGUGGUGAAGGAGAUCAUCAUUUCCACAGAAGAAAAUCGCGGAUACGUGAUUAAGAAGGAGGAAGGAAUGACACAGGCCAUGUCGGUGAAGGAAGACCGGAAACAGAUCAUCGACCUUGAUUAUGAGUCGGACACGGAGACACCUGUCAGAAAGAAGUUGAAGAAGAAGAAAGUGGACCCUCUAGACUCUGUUGAGAUCAUAGAUUUGACCUAG